AGACUAUGAUUUGAUAUAAUAAGCAAUCUCUUAGUUGAAUUCCAAUUUAAUUUGCAAAUACAUGCAUGCAUGGCUCACCAAAGGAACAAUGAAGUCAUAAGAUUAGAGCGUGAAUCUGUCAUUCCUAUUCUUAAACCAAGACUUAUAUUGACAUUGGCCAAUCUUAUUAAACAUGGUUCGGACCGAGCUGAAUUUCUGAAGCUGUGUAAGAGAAUAGAGUAUACAAUUCGAGCAUGGUAUCAUCUGCAGUUUGAGGAUAUGAUGCAACUCUAUGCUCUUUUUGAUCCUGUAUAUGGGGCUUCCAAAUUAGAGCAACAAAAAUUAUCCAAUGAAGAAAUUGAUCAACUUGAACAGAAUUUUUUGAAAUUCCUCUUUCAGGUUAUGGAAAAGAGCAACUUCAAGAUUGCGACUGAUGAAGAGAUUGAUGUAGCUCUUUCAGGCCAAUAUCUUUUAAAUCUUCCCAUUACCGUUGAUGAAUCUAAGCUUGAUAAGAAACUUUUGAGAAAAUAUUUCGAAAGACAUCCUCGUGACAACCUUCCAGAUUUUUCUGAUAAGUAUGUUAUCUUUAGACGUGGAAUUGGAAUCGAUCGCACAAUUGAUUUCUUUAUAAUGGAGAAAGUGGAUAUGCUCAUUGCUAGAUUUUGGGCCUAUUUAUUGAGAAAAACCAGGUUGGAAAAGAUUUUCUUAAAAAGGUUUAAAAGACAUCAUAAGAAUGCUCAAAAGAAUAAUGACGACACAGACACAGAAGAUUAUCAAGAAGACGCAUAUGAACGAAUACGCCUUGAAAAUAUGCCUUUGAGUUUUGGCAAUUUGUUAAACAAGACCAAAAUCCAAGAACCUACAUUCGAAAGAAUAAUUGUUAUCUACAGGCAAGCAAGUUCAAAGUCGAAAAUAGACCGAGGAAUAUUUGUAAAGCAUUUCAGAAGCAUUCCAAUGGCUGAUUUGGAAUUAGUUCUUCCAGAAAAAAAGAAUCCAGGUUUGACACCAAUGGAUUGGGUCAAGUUUAUUGUUUCUGCUGUUCUUGGCCUGGUUACUGUAGUUAGUACACUUGAAACGAGCACAACUGAUUGGAAAGUCAUUGGAGUUGUUCUCUCCACAUUAAUUGGUUAUUGUGCUAAGACAUAUUUCACGUUCCAACAAAAUUUGGUUGUGUACCAAAAUUUGAUUACAAAGUCAAUGUAUGACAAACAACUUGAUAGUGGAAAGGCUACACUUCUCCAUUUAUGUGACGACGUAAUUCAACAAGAAGUUAAGGAGGUAAUAAUUUCAUUCUUUAUUCUUAUGGAACAAGGAAAAGCUUCAAGAGAGUGUCUUGAUAAUUGGUGUGAGGAAUUGAUUCGGGAAGAGUUUGGGGAAACUUGUAACUUUGAUGUGGAUGAUGCAAUUCAAAAAUUAGAAAAGCUAGGAAUUGUUACCCAGGUUCAUUGA